UGUGAACAUAUAUAUACACAAACUAUCUGACGGUCGCUUCAGGUUGAGUUUUAAACGAUUGCUUGUGGAGAAUCUUCGGUUAUAAACGGGAAAAUAUUGUUAAAACUAAUUAUAAAGCAAAUGUAUUAUAAUCAGAAUAUUGUGUUGUUGACCUAUACAAUUUUAAGAAUAAAAUGUUAUCGCGGGUGUUCAAUAUUAAGAAAUAACGUUUUGUGGUACCUCUUUUUCCUACUGGUAAAAUAUAAACGUAGUAGUGGGACCACUUGCCAUGCCAAAACAAACGACUCGAAAUGUCAUUUGAUAAUUGUUUGCAUAUUUCUUAUUAUGCAGAAGGGAUGAAGAGAAAGAGAAAAUGUCAAAGUGAUUUUACUACGUAGGUGUCGCUGUGAUAAAGCGGUGGCUACCUUGUACGCGUUUUCGAAGUUCGAAAUUUCGAAAACGUUCAACAGAAAAUGUCACUCGUCGCGGUGCGGUGCGAGGAAGUUUACUCCAUUUCCACGCCAUAUUUGAUUUCACGAAAGAAGAAAGCAAUUUUUGUGUGAAACUUAAUUUCAAUUUCGUAGUAAUAUUUGGAGUUCAACAAAAUGAGUUUUAUGUAGAAACAACGUAGAAAACUAUUGGUCCUGCAAAAAUAAAUCGUUGGGUACGAUACUGUGCCAUUAAAUAAAGUCCAAAUGGCGCAAUAUUACCAAAUACAAAACCUUGAAGAUUUAAAGCAAAUCUACACAGAUGUGCAAGUUGUUCACGUUGCUAGUGAAGAUGUUGGAGUCGGAGGCCAUAACCGACCUCAGCAAUUACUUCUGCCGGAUGAUCAACUGAUGUUGAACGAAGGGCAGCAGGUAGUUUAUCAAACUACAAGUGUACCAGCACAGCAGCAAUACCAGCAGCAGCCCACAGCUACAACUACUCAAUAUAUAAUAGGAGAUGAAAUCUCGCAACAGCAACAACAACAAACAGUUCAACAUCAGCAACAAGUUAUGUAUGACCAUCAUCAUCAACAACAGCAGCAUUAUGUACAUGAGAGCCAACAGUUGCAGCAGGAUCACCACCAGUUGGCCCAGCAAACACAACAACAGACGCAAUUAUAUUAUACCACCGAGCAAAUAUUACAACCGAAUUCCUUAGUACAGCAACAACAACAACAGGAGAUGCAACAUCAACAGCAACAACAGCAACAAUUACAUGUUCAACAACAGCAAUAUCAACAGCAGCAGCAACAACAGCAACAAAUUGUACAUCAGCACCAUUCAAUGCCGACGCCACAACAAACUCAACAAAUAGUUUAUCGGAUGCAACCCCAGCAACAAUCACAAAAUCAACAAACUCAAAUGCUUAACAAUGCACAUGUUAUAUUACAACAACCAUCGGGGCAACAGGUAUUAAUUCAGUCACCACAACAUCCAGAAAUAAUUAUGCGUCAAUCAAUGCCACAGCAACGUAUUAUAUACAAUACUAAUCGUGUACUGUAUACACCGCAACAGCAACAGCAACCUCAAACUCAAACGAUUCUGCAGCAGUCUCCACAAACGCAUCAGCAACAUCCUCAGCAGCAGCAACACAUACAAUUACAAGCAACUCCCACGACAAGUCCAAUUCACACAACAACACGUUUAGUUCAGGCGAGAGUUGGUGCUUCGCCACAAGAAACGGCACAACAACAUCAACAAACGCCAACGCAACAAAAUGUUGUAUUUCAUCCUAUUCAAGCAACUACUGUCCAAAAUCCUCAACAGUUGAAACCCCAAAUACAACAGCAAUCUCAAAUGACAAUACAGCAAACACCGCAACAACAUUUAGUGGCCUCAACCAUGAGUGGAGGGGUAUCCGGUGGUGGGGUUAUGCGUGGUGCUAUUCGUAAUAAAUCACCACGAGGAGGUGGUGCUCUUGGAAGUACUCAUACUUUAAUCGCACGUAUGCCAGUUACUACAGUAGGUCGAGCUAUACGACCUCCAUUAGUAACACCAAUACAGUCAACACAAAAUCCCAGAGCAACCAGGCCUAGGGGGGGAGCUGCUGGUGGUGCACGUGCACGUGGAGCGGCUCGUGGAGCACGUGGAGGUGCUGUAAUUGCUAGUAGAAACACACAGGCAGCCACACCAGUAGUACAACCACAACAACAAUCACAACAGUUGCAAGCUCAACAACAAAUAACUCCAUCUCAACAGAUCAUCCAAAAUGCAAUGAACAAAAACAUAACAAUUUUAAACCAACAAGGGCAAGUAAAGCAUAUUUACCGAAAUAUUGGUGAUAGUCAACAGCAACAAUUGCAAUUAGUAACGGGUACAUCGCAGGCGCAACAGCGUUCAACACAAAUAGUUGGAGCACGUUUCCGUACUCCAGUAGUGUCCACCAGUGGGAAUACGAAUAGUGGUAACAAUUCCAACAGUAGUGGUAAUAGCAGUGGCAAUUAUGAAUUAGAUUUAGAAGAUAGCAUUCAAGCAGUAGUAGUAAAGAAAGAUCAGCAAAAACCGCCGGGAUCGACCUCCAACAUUGCUAACCCUGUGGGUACUACUCUGACAAGUUACUUUGCCAAAGAUGACGAUGAUACACGCUUAGUGCGGACUCAGAACGGCGCGUGUAUCACCUUAGCUGAAUAUCGCAAAAGACAUCCCCCUAAUCCCGGCUCAGCUGGUACAACGACAACUACUAUUUUGCAAAUGAAAACACCAUUGCGAGCAAGCGGACCUCCUUCCUCAAACAAAAUACUACCAGCGCAUUCGUCCGGAAAUACUGGAAUAGUCCCAGUUGCACGAGUUGCUCCUCAACCAAUUCAGUCGACUCAGCAAACGCAACAAUCUCAAACAGCGUUGACAACGACAACAUCGUCGUCAGCUGUGCAUCGCACAUCACAUAAUAACUACGAGAUUCAUACACAACAUGUUAUGCAGAAUAGGAAUAAUACGCAAAUGGCCGAAAAGGAUAGAAACAGUGCCAAAAUGUUGGUUAUAUUAGUGUCAGGUGAACAGCGGCUGAUAACCUUCACCUUGCCACGAGAAUCAUGUACCGUUCAAGAUUUACUUGAGCAAGUAGGCGUGCCUUUUGAUAGUUCGACCACUAUACAAUGCGUAGAAAAUCCCGGUGCAAAUAUCGAUUUUGUUGUAACGGUCGGUUUUUCGGUUCAGGAAUCUGCCAGCGAACUAAUAUCUCGUGCCGAACAAACUUUGCAAAUGAAUAGACAACAGGAUCCAAUGGGUGGCAACAACUUAUCAACAUCUAAUACUUCUUCAGGUGGUAGUAAUACAGGAAAUACAAAUGUGCCGCAAGGAACUGUUGGUCAGUCAGCAGUAACAACAAAUUAUGGAAAUUUGGCAAGUAACCCAGCUCAAACACCCAGCGCAGUUGUUAACGAAUCUACACAUAAAGAUGCAAAUAACAGUAAUGCCGCAGCAAAUACUACUAAAAACAACUCUAGUUCAUCCUCUAACACAACGGAGGAUGUUCCACGUAAAAUUAUACAAGGAUUUCUUGCUGUAUGUCAAAGCUGUGGCUUCAGCGGGUAUGAUCAUGCUAAAUGUGAACGAUGUAAACGAGUUUUUCUCGAACCGCCAAAGCGAGUUCCUUCUGUCAAGAACCUAGGAAAUAACGCUUCAAUGGCAGUGGAUUCGACUUUGUCAAAGUCGAUUUCCAACAGUGAAUUUAUGGCAAGUGAUAAACGACGAGGCAGUGACGCAUUAGCACGCUCUCAAGCUAAAAAUGCGCUAAAUUCCUACGGUAGCACCGGUAGUACUACUUCGGCGCGAGGCCGCGGAGGUCUUAGCGCCACUGCACGCGGACGCGGCUCACGUAGUGGCCGUCGAACAGCCGAAGUAGAACCUGUAAUUCUUACACUUAGCAGUGACGAGGAGGAAGACGAUGAAUCAUCAAAUAAGGUGUCUGGAUCGUUUUCUACAAUGUCCAAUGCUGCAAAUUCUUCAGCCUUUAAAACGCCAACUUACGAACCCUUGAGUUUUGAACACAGCAUGCCAGAUUUAGAUGAAAAUGCAAUUUACGCAGAUUUUCAACGUGAUGAUGUGACUGAUCUAUCUAAUUGUACCGAUAAGCUAAGUACGGCGUUGCAGUGCAAAGUUGUACGAAUAGGAACAUACCGCUAUGAGCCAAAGGAGCCGGUGACAUUCACAUCGAAAGGUGUCUGCCUUGUAGCUCCUUUGGUUAAUAAUCCAAAUGAUAGUUUCCCUUUGCAUAUACAUAAAAGGGAAGUUGUAAAAAUUAUUGCACAUUUCUCGAAAGUUUCGGAAUCUAUGCUGUGUUUCUACACUUUACGUAAUUGUGCCCAGUACAUAAAGAACAGUUUACAAAUGAAGGACAAUGGCACAACGCUUGAUGGCUCUGCUUAUUUUUCACCCAAUGGUCCAUACCAAGUUCGUAAAAUAAUUCUGCAAUUUAGUUCAUGCUCGGAUCAAUCACGUAAUGUAAUAAAAUCAAUUUGGGAUUUCUUCGAUGAAAUAUCUGACGUAGAUGCACAAGACCUUUUACAACGUGCAGAAGCAACUGAUAGACAAAUAUCAAAUAAAACUAACGAAGCCGCAUCCACAACAUGUGUAACCACGACCCAACUAAACCCUAACGAAAUAAAACAAUUGCUGAUUUAUCCACCCGGUAAAGGUGGCAUUUCGAUCAAUACCGAAGACUAUCUUUGCCUUGCCACGGACCAGUAUUUAAACGAUAUAAUAAUCGACUUUUAUUUAAAAUGGGUUCAUAAUAAUGUGGUACCAGAGGCGCAGCGUGAACGUGCAUUCAUUUUCAGUACAUUCUUUUAUAAACGCUUAACGACGCUGACACGGCAUCAUCAUAACCCAGAUAAAGAUGUUAAACAGACUGCAGCGCAAAAACGGCAUGCUCGUGUUCAAAAUUGGACAAAGAAUGUUAAUCUAUUUGAAAAGGACUUCAUCAUUAUACCAAUUAAUGAGCAAUCGCAUUGGUUCCUAGCUAUUAUAUGUUUUCCUACGAUGAAAGGUCCUGUAACAUAUGAUACUAAUAUCCCAGUGGAGCCUCAACAAUUAAAAAAACAAAAAGGGAAAAAGGUCUCGCUGCAAAUUGGUAAUACGACAAUUACACCACUCUCCAAACGGGAUAGCAGUACGAUGUUAGCAGAAGUGUGUGGAGUAGGUGAUGAUGACAGCGAACGUGAUGAAGCAGAAGGCGACGAAAGUGAUUUAGCAUCAGAUGAUAGCGAUUUUGACAGUGGUGCAAGCACUUCGGCUGUAUCUGCUACAAUAAGUGGAGGGCUGGCGGCAUCCAAUAAUAAUUUGUCAAAUAGCAAUACAAGUAUUAGCGGAAUUAAAUCUCAAGCAAUUAAACAACCGUUAAUAUUAAUUUUCGAUUCUCUGGCGGGAGCUUCUCGUAGUCGUGUUGUUGCCACAUUACGAGACUACCUGACCUGUGAAUAUCGAGCUAAAAUGUCAGAUGUUACUCCUCACGUAUUCAACAAAGAUAAUAUGCCAGGGCAUUGCGUGAAAGUGCCACAGCAAAAUAACUUCACAGAUUGUGGUCUAUACCUAUUGCAAUAUGUAGAACAUUUUUUUAAAGAUCCAAUUAGAGACUACAGACUGCCAAUCAAACAGUUGAGUAAUUGGUUUGAUACAUUAACAGUAACGCGCAAGCGCGAAGACAUUUCGCAACUAUUGCAACAGUUAAUGAAUGAGAGAAAUGGACCAAAUCAUCAAGUUAUUUUGCCGGAAAUACCAUUGCCCACUUCAAAUGGACAGCUUGUCGAACCCCCUGAGGGAUUUAAUAUUGAAUUCGAAGAGGAGGAAACUGGUGAAGACGCUGCAGAAGAGGAUGAUGAUAAUACGGAUGUGGAUGGUACACCGAACGAUGCGGACGGUACUGCUAGUAGUACACAUACGGAUGAACUGGUUAAUGUUAAAAUACCAACUACAAAAACGGCGACAACAACAACAGCCCUAGUUCCAACCCAAGGACGAAAAAUUGUCGUUAAGAGGCGAUUGCAACAAGUGAGCAGCGCAACAGUUGGUAAUAAUAAUAGCGAAAAUUUAAACACAACAACGUCGGUUGUAACGGGAGUUGCGGGGCAAAAUAUACGUAGUGGGAACCAAGCUAAAUAUCGCAAAUUCGAAUAAGUUACAUCACUUAUGUACAUUUGCAGAUUGAAUUAUAAAACUCUAUAUUAGCGUUUCAUUAUGACUGCAGAGUUAGAAGCACCAACUCGUCUAUUUAAUAAUAUAUGCAUUAGUUUAGUGAAUGCUGACACUUAUAUUUAGUCCCCAGCUAUUUUGUUGUGUUAUCUUCGUUGAUACGUGUGCUUUAUAAGAUAGUUUUAUAUAUCUUAAGCUACUAAAUAAUUUAUAUGUGUAUAGAAAGGAAAGAAUGAAAACCUUAUCAGUAAAUGAGUACCAUUAGAAUUUGGUUUAAAUAUAUAGAUUUAUAUACUAAGUAAAUAACGGAACCCUUAUAAAAACAAAAUUCAUUUUUAUUGUAUAGAAUUUUAUUUUUAAAUUUGAUACGUUAUUCCUACUGAAAAUAAAAACCACAAAUUCUAAUUUUUAACUAAAUAAUUUGUUGCAAAAAUA